UGGGACAGGUUGUUAUUGGAAAAUGACUCAGCCAAGCUUGAUCAAUCCAUAUAACCGUAUUAUCCACACGCACUUGAGUCAUACAUUUCCUGUUAGUCAUCUGAAAGAAAACGAGAGAGAGGACAGAGUAUAAAAGAGCUAUCAAGAGACACACUGGGAAUCUGUGUGGAGUUGGUAGAAGACUGAGCUAAAUGGGAAAGAUGAGUUGUAAAACCAAUCAAUGUUUGACCAACCCUGGACAGGAUGUGAGAAGAAUGGGCUGCAGUGGAGAAGAUGCUGAAAUGGGACGGGAUCAAAAACAAGAGCCAGAGAUUCCUGUCACCAUUGCGAUGUCAUCUGAACUCCUCUUCAACACUGAACAGCAGAGUCCUGGGCCUGGCUACUCCUUUGUCAAGUUAUUCAGUUUGUGUUCUCAGGCUCUGAAAGCAGUGAAUGCUAAACUUACUGAGCAUUACCCUCAGAGUGAGGAGCUGUUUAAGGUCCUACUCAUCCAUGACAACUCAUCAGAGUUGUCAGAAAGAUUCAUCAAAAACCACAAGCUGGAAGAACUAAUCACUCCCUUUUAUGUGAGUGGAGAACAUCUUGUAGGUGAAUUACAGGAAAAUGAAACCCAUCUGUACCUGUCAGCUCCACCAGGGUUCAAAGUUCAAGAAGUGUUGAACAAAGGUAUAGCAGCUGCUAUCAUGUACACUCCAGAAGAAACCACAGAAGUGGCAGAGACUCAGCUGCGUGUUGUCUUUGAUGGUGAUGCUGUCCUCUUCUCUGAUGAGUCUGAGCGUGUCUUUGCUACAAAGGGACUGGAAUCGUACUUGAACCAUGAGAAUGAAAGAGUCAAUGAGCCGAUGACUGAAGGACCAUUUAAGGGUUUCCUGCAGGCUUUAGGAAAGCUGCAGAAAAAGUUUUUUAACAAAGGCCAGCAAAAGUGCCCCAUUCGUACCUACCUGCUGACAUCUCGUGAUGCUGCUGGUGCAGGAUACAGAGCCUUAAACACUCUGAAAACAUGGGGUCUGGAGAUUGAUGAGGCUUACUUUCUGGGAGGAUCUCCAAAAGGCCCCCUGCUUAAGAUGAUCCGCCCCCACAUCUUUUUUGAUGACCAGAUGCGUCAUGUUGAUGGCUCACUGAAGGAGGGCAUCGUGGCAUGUCAUGUGCUUGCAAGUUAAGAGUACGCCAUAGGGUCACAAAGUCACAGCUAAUGACCAUUUUAACUGAAACUUCACAAUAUCUUUGUUGAGAUAUGGAAUUGCCAUUUUAAAAUUUUAUUACUUUAAUGCUUGUUUGUGUCUUAGUGUAAAAUUUGUGCUUUUUUCUGGCCACUGCUUUGUGUAUAAACUAGGUGGUUUUAACUGUGAGCUGUAUGUGUCUGGUGCUGUCUUAACAUAAGAAAUUAAGGUAUUGUGGGAAAUAGAAUAGAAUUCAGAAAGGGUUUUCACUGAGAUCAAUUGCAAAAUGAAUUUCUGAUUGUUGUCCCUAAAAUAACAAAAACUACAGGGUUUUGAAAAGCUUGAAACUUACUUUGGGGUUAUGGACACUGUGUAUAAAUGUGAGGCAGAUUCUAAUCAAAUAAGAUCAUGCUUGCUUCAAAUAUACUGUGGACUGUUAUGCAAUGAAUUUUGUCUGUCUUAGAGUUAAUGUCAUAAUUACUAUAUCAUACUAUAAUACACUAUCUCUAAUACUUCUCCCCCUAAGGAAACUGUAUAGAUUGCUGUUGAUUGUUUAUGAAAAUAAAGAUACUUUAAUGCAUGAUUUUA